AUGGAUGGGACCGAGCUGGAUGGCAGCCGCAGCGCAGAAGCCCCUCAGCAAGGCUGCCUGGCGGCUGCCGGUGCCACGAGCGAAGCAGCGGGCGAGGAAGCCGCCGCAGCCAUGGAAGAGCCCACGGGGGAGGCUUCUGCCUCAGAGGGCACGGCGGCCUCGAUCCCCAAGGGUGUCGCCACCCCCAGCGCAGCCCAGCAGGAACUGAAGAAGCAGCAGCAAGGUGUCAAGAGGCACCACCACAAGCACAACCUGAAGCAUCGCUACGAGCUACAAGAAACGCUGGGCAAGGGGACCUACGGCAAAGUCAAGAGGGCCAUCGAGAGGUUUUCAGGAAGAGUGGUUGCAAUAAAAUCCAUCCGUAAGGACAAAAUUAAGGAUGAACAAGAUAUGGUUCACAUCAGACGGGAGAUUGAGAUCAUGUCAUCUCUCAGCCAUCCUCAUAUCAUCACUAUAUAUGAAGUGUUUGAGAACAAAGAUAAAAUUGUGAUCAUCAUGGAGUAUGCAAGCAAAGGGGAAUUGUAUGAUUAUAUUAGCGAGAGGAGAAGGCUGAAUGAGCGGGAGACAAGACACUUCUUCCGGCAAAUUGUCUCUGCUGUGCAUUACUGCCAUAAGAAUGGUGUCGUCCAUAGGGACCUAAAACUGGAAAAUAUUCUUCUUGAUGACAAUUGUAAUAUCAAGAUUGCAGACUUUGGGCUUUCGAAUCUUUAUCAGAAAGACAAAUUUCUCCAGACUUUCUGUGGAAGUCCACUGUACGCUUCUCCAGAAAUUGUCAAUGGAAGACCUUACCGAGGCCCAGAAGUUGACAGCUGGGCCCUUGGUGUAUUACUUUACACUCUGGUUUAUGGAACGAUGCCCUUUGAUGGCUUUGAUCACAAAAAUCUAAUCAGGCAGAUCAGCAGUGGAGAAUAUCGUGAACCAACACAGCCUUCAGAUGCUCGAGGUUUGAUCAGAUGGAUGCUGAUGGUGAAUCCUGAGCGCAGAGCAACCAUUGAAGACAUAGCCAACCACUGGUGGGUUAACUGGGGCUAUAAGAGCAGUGUUUGUGAUUGUGAUGCCCUGCAAGACUCUGAGUCCCCUCUGCUGUCUAGGUUCAUAGAUUGGCAUCAUCGUUCCAGUGGCCUCCAGCCAGAAACUGAUACCAAAAUGAAGUGCCUUUCCAAACCAAAAGGAUCUGAAGCCAUGCUAGAGAGACAGAGAUCCCUGAAAAAAUCAAAGAAGGAAAAUGACAUUGCACAGUCUAUCCAGGAAGGAGGAAUUGAAAAUGCAUGCAAAUUAAACUCCAAGAGGCCAAAAGGCAUCUUGAAGAAAAGGAGCAAUAGUGAACAUCGAUCUCAUAGUGCAGGAUUUAUAGAAGGAGUAGUCAAUCCAGUAUUGCCGUCCACUUUUAAAAAGGAGCAGGAGUUAUGUAGGACAGGCAUGUCCAUCAAGAACACUGUGGAGGGGGAGAUAAUGGGUAAAUACAGCACUAAACAGUCUUCCUUAAUGCCAAAAAAAGGAAUUCUCAAGAAGACUCAGCAAAGAGAAUCUGGCUACUACUCAUCUCCAGAACGGAGUGAAUCUUCAGAACUCUUGGACCAUAAUGAGGAGGCAGGAAUCAGUGACACAUCCCCAGGCAUCAUUGAAACAUUAAGGAUAGAGACUCACAGCCAUUCCUACAGGCGCAAGGGUAUUUUAAAACAUAGCAGCAAGUAUUCCACCAGUAGCACAGAUUCAGCUUUGAUCAGCCCUGACACACCAACACUGGAAUCCAUGGAGGAAGCAGGCCUGCGUGGAGAUGGGUUAUCUCGAAGUUACAGCCGCCCUUCUAGUGUGAUAAGUGACGACAGCAUCUUGUCCAGUGACUCUUUUGACUUGGUGGACUUGCAAGAGAACAGGCUUAGAAUAAGGAGCUGUGUGUCUGCUGAAAACGUCCUCCAGAUCCAGGAUUUCCAGGGACUCCAAAACCGUUCACGACCACAGUACCUGAAGCGUUAUCGGAACCGGACAGGCGAUAGCAGUUUUUCCCUUCUUACAGACAUGGAUGAUGUCACUCAGGUCUACAAGAAAGCUCUGGAGAUCUGUAACAAACUUAACUAGCAGGGUGGGGGUGAUAGCAGGGCUGGAAAGAAAGGGUCUUGGGUACCUUUAUGAUGGAGUUGGUCCAAUAUAUCAAUUUGCUGACAGUGGUAGCAUUAUUGAAGUGACAUUGAACAGACAGACUGAGCAGAAAUCCUUCAGUUAUGUCGAGGAAAAAUUCAUCUCAUUCUCAUUAUGCAACCCAAUAGCUCACACAAUCAAAAUACUACCUAAUGUCCAAAGAAGUUACAAUAAUGUAUGAAGCAAAACCUCUGGAAUCUGGCAGACAGAAAAGGAUCAUGUUCCAGUGGCUGUAAGCUGAAGCUAGACAAAAUGUAAACUGGAAAAAGGGUACAUAUAUUUAUAUUAGAGAAGGUAACUAACCACUGGAAAAGCUAUAAUACUAAAGAGUAAAAAAUAAUAAUCAUUUUAAAGUCAGCUGUUAAGUAUAAGAAAUCAUUUGCAGGUGGAUUGGUUAACAUCCAUAUGUUUAAGCUAAUGACAUUUUCUGAUUUCCAGCCACACAAGGCCCUGAUCCACAGAUAUAUACAUGCAGCAUUUGGCUUUCUGUUGCAUACAUCGAUGCAAGUAUACGUACCCAAUCAAUGGUUGGCAUUGCCAGUUAUCAGCUGAUAGUGCUACCUUGUGAAAAGCAUUUAGUAAUUUAAAUGGAAGUGUUUUGUAUUUAUAGAAUUUAGGCUUGGAAGAGAUAGCAAUGUAGUAAAAGGAUGAAGAGCUGGUAGUGAGGAAGAAGAAACCUUCUUCCAAGCAAAAAGAAGCAAGCAGGGGCUCUGGAAAUCUGCAUGGCCACAAUGAGGCUAGAGAGCAUGGAAUCUAUUUGACAGAAGUGGCUACCUUCAGUAGAUUCUUGGGAAUCUCCACUUUCUUCUUUAAAAACAACAAAAUUCUGCCAUUCUUGGUUGCUGAGAAAAAGCUGCAAAGAAAAAAUGUGUUACCAGUUUCUGUUCAUACUUCACACCUGUGAUUUCCACAUGACCAUCAGUCUGCUGGCACAAUCCAGAGAAAGUUAGGAGUGCUUAACUCCACUUGAAACUAAUGGAGUACUAUGUGCCAUUAAACAAUUGUUAUGCCUUAAUUUCUCUGAAUUAGAUUGCAUACCAUGUCUUCUUUCUGGUACCUUUCUCUUAUCUUCCCCAGUCUUGCUAGACAGGUCUUGUAAGAAGACUCAGAACCAAAUAAAAAAGGUUAGUUUCUACAGAAUCAUGAUACAGAGGAAGAAGAUAAGACGUGCGCCUAGGCAAAGGGUUAAAUGUAGCAGAAGUUAGGGCGACCCUAUGUAAAGGAGGACAGGGCUCCUGUAUCUUUAACAGUUGUAGAGAAAAGGGGAUUUCAGCUGGUAUCAUUCUUAUGCACCAGCACUUGGUGACAUUCCCUCUUCAUCACAACAGUUAAAGCUGCAGGAGCCCUGGCCUCUUCUG